CCUCGCAGCUACUUUGGAGUCGGACCCCAACCCCAAGCCUCCCCACCCGACCCGGGCUCCCACAGCCGGUUUCCGCCGUAGCCCUAGUAGCCGCCGCGGCAAAACCCGAGUCCGGCCCCGCGGGCGGAUGCUCGCCAGCGUCGCGCUGACGUCACGCGCGUGCUGACGUCACCGGCGGCCGCGGCCUGUAAAGCGGGCUGGGGCUCGGGGGGCGCCGAGUUUGAUUAGUUUGGGUCCGCUAGGCGCCGGCCGCGGUUCCCGCCGUCUGCCGCUCCCCCCGCCUCCCGCGAGUCGCUCUUGGGCUGGAUCGGGCGCGUCCGGCCCGUUCCCGAGGGAGCCCGCACUGGCGGCUGGGCGGCGCUCGGCGAAAGUCGGCCCCUCGCGGGCAGACGGGCGGCCGCGGCCAUGGAGCCCCGCGGCAUGGAGUACUUCAGCGCCCAGGUGCUGCAGAAGGACGUCAGGGUCCGUUUGCAGGUCGGACAGGAGCUGCUGCUCUACCUCGGCGCCCCUGGAGCCAUCCCGGACCUGGAGAAGGACCUGGGCCGCCUGGGCAAGACGAUCGACGCGCUCACCGGCUGGGUGGGUUCGAGCAACUACCGGGUAUCAUUAAUGGGAUUGGAAAUUCUAAGUGCUUUUGUGGACAGAUUAGCAACACAAUUUAAAUCCUAUGUAGCAAUGGUUAUUUUAGCUUUAAUAGACAGAAUGGGAGACGCCAAAGACAAGGUCCGAGAUGAAGCUCAGACCCUAAUAUUGAAGUUAAUGGAUCAAGUAGCACCACCUAUGUACAUUUGGGAACAGUUGGCUUCUGGUUUUAACCAUAAGAAUUUUCGAUCUCGAGAAGGCAUGUGCCAGUGUCUUAUUGAAACCUUAAACAUUUUUGGGGCUCAACCAUUAGUCCUCAGCAAGUUGGUACCACACUUGUGUGUCCUAUUUGGAGAUUCGAACAGUCAGGUGAGAGAUGCAGCAAUAUUGGCUAUAGUGGAGAUUUAUAGACAUGUGGGAGAGAAAGUGAGAGUGGACCUUUAUACGAGAAGACUUCCCCCUUCCAGGUUAGAAAUGAUACUUGCCAAAUUUGAUGAAGUACAAAAUUCUGGCGGUAUGAUUUUGAGUGUCAGCCAAGAUAAAAGCUUUGAUGAUGAGGAAUCAGUGGAUGGAAAUAGGCCAUCAUCAGCUGCUUCAAUUUUCAAGGUUCCUGCACCUAAAACAUCCGGAAAUCCUGUCAACAGUGCAAGGAAGCCUGGUUCAGCAGGUGGCUCCAAGGUUGGAGGUACUUCUAAGGAAGGAGGUGCUGGAGCAGUUGAUGAAGAUGAUUUUAUAAAAGCUUUUACGGAUGUCCCUUCUAUUCAGAUUUAUUCUAGUCGAGAACUUGAAGAAACUUUAAAUAAAAUCAGGGAGAUUUUGUCAGAUGACAAACACGACUGGGAUCAACGUGCCAAUGCACUCAAGAAAAUUCGAUCGUUGCUUGUUGCUGGAGCUGCACAGUAUGACUGCUUUUUCCAGCACUUACGCUUGUUGGAUGGAGCACUUAAACUUUCAGCUAAGGAUCUUAGAUCUCAAGUGGUUAGAGAAGCUUGCAUUACUGUAGCCCAUCUUUCAACCGUUUUGGGAAACAAGUUUGAUCAUGGCGCAGAAGCGAUUGUCCCUACACUUUUUAAUCUUGUCCCCAAUAGUGCAAAAGUCAUGGCAACUUCUGGAUGUGCUGCAGUCAGAUUCAUCAUUCGGCAUACUCAUGUGCCCAGACUUAUUCCUUUAAUAACAAGCAAUUGCACAUCAAAAUCAGUUCCUGUGAGGAGGCGUUCAUUUGAAUUUUUAGAUUUAUUACUACAGGAGUGGCAGACUCAUUCAUUGGAAAGACAUGCAGCUGUCUUGGUUGAAACUAUUAAGAAGGGAAUUCAUGAUGCUGAUGCUGAAGCCAGAGUGGAGGCAAGAAAGACAUAUAUGGGUCUUAGAAACCACUUUCCUGGUGAAGCUGAAACACUGUAUAAUUCCCUCGAGCCAUCUUAUCAGAAGAGUCUUCAGACUUACUUAAAGAGCUCUGGCAGUGUAGCAUCUCUUCCACAAUCAGACAGGUCUUCAUCUAGCUCACAAGAAAGCCUCAAUCGCCCUUUUUCAUCAAAAUGGUCUACAGCAAACCCAUCAACAGUGGCUGGAAGAGUCUCAGCAGGCAGCAGCAAAGCCAGUUCCCUUCCAGGAAGCCUGCAGCGUUCACGAAGCGACAUCGACGUGAACGCUGUAGCAGGUGCCAAGGCGAAUCAUGCUGGCCAGGCUGUGCGGAGCGGGCGGCUGGGUGCAGGGGCCCUGAACCCUGGCUCCUACGCAUCUCUAGAGGAUACUUCUGACAAGAUGGAUGGAACAGCAUCUGAUGAUGGUCGAGUAAGAGCAAAGCUUUCAACGCCACUUUCAGGAAUGGGAACUGCCAAGACAGACUCUAGAGGAAGAAGUAGAACAAAAAUGGUGUCUCAGUCACAGCGUUCAUCAUCACCAGACAAAAAUGAAGGAUCACAGUCUGCUAAUACCAUUGGUGCUGGCAGCCGAUCUGGGUCUCCAGGAAGAGUUCUGACCACAACGACCCUGUCCACUGUGAACUCUGGUGUUCAGAGAAUCUUGGUCAAUUCAGCCUCAGCACAGAAAAGAAGUAAAAUCCCACGGAGCCAGGGCUGUAGCAGAGAGGCUAGUCCGUCUAGGCUCUCAGUAGCCCGAAGCAGUCGUAUUCCUCGGCCAAGUGUGAGUCAAGGCUGCAGUCGGGAAGCCAGUCGGGAAAGCAGCAGGGACACGAGUCCUGUUCGCUCUUUCCAGCCCCUUGCCUCCAGACACCAUUCCAGAUCUACUGGUGCCCUCUACGCCCCCGAUGUGUAUGGGGCCUCAGGUCCAGGGUAUGGGAUCAGCCAAUCAAGCCGACUGUCAUCUUCUGUCAGUGCCAUGAGAGUCCUGAACACAGGUUCUGAUGUAGAGGAAGCGGUAGCAGAUGCCUUGCUCUUAGGAGACAUACGGACUAAGAAAAAGCCUGCCCGAAGGAGGUAUGAAGCAUAUGGAAUGCAUUCAGAUGAUGAUGCCAACAGUGAUGCCUCUAGUGCUUGUUCUGAACGUUCCUAUAGUUCUCGAAACGGUAGUAUUCCUACAUAUAUGAGGCAGACAGAAGAUGUGGCCGACAUCCUCAAUAGGUGUGCUAGUUCCAAUUGGUCAGAAAGAAAAGAAGGCCUCCUUGGUCUCCAGAACUUAUUUAAAAACCAGAGAACGCUAAGUCGAGUUGAACUAAAAAGAUUAUGUGAAAUUUUCACAAGAAUGUUUGCUGAUCCUCAUGGCAAGGUGUUCAGCAUGUUUUUGGAGACUCUAGUGGACUUCAUACAAGUUCACAAAGAUGAUCUUCAAGAUUGGUUAUUUGUACUGCUGACGCAACUCCUUAAAAAAAUGGGUGCUGAUUUGCUUGGUUCUGUGCAGGCAAAAGUUCAGAAAGCCCUUGAUAUUACAAGAGAAUCUUUUCCAAAUGAUCUUCAGUUCAAUAUUCUAAUGAGAUUUACAGUUGAUCAGACUCAAACACCAAGCUUGAAGACAGCCAAGCCAGCACUUCGGGACCAACUUCACUCUUUUUGGAGCUCCAAGGUGAAGGUGGCUAUCCUUAAAUAUAUAGAAACUCUGGCAAAACAGAUGGAUCCAGCAGAUUUUGUAAAUUCCAGUGAAACUCGCCUGGCGGUAUCUCGUGUUAUCACUUGGACAACAGAACCCAAAAGUUCUGAUGUUCGGAAGGCAGCACAGUCAGUGCUGAUUUCUUUAUUUGAACUCAAUACCCCAGAGUUCACAAUGUUAUUAGGAGCUUUACCAAAAACUUUUCAAGAUGGUGCUACCAAGCUUCUUCAUAAUCAUCUUCGAAACACUGGCAAUGGAACCCAGGGUUCCGUGGGGAGUCCUUUGACAAGACCAACGCCGCGUUCACCAGCCAAUUGGUCCAGUCCUCUAACUUCUCCUACCAAUACAUCACAGAAUACUUUACCUCCGAGUGCAUUUGAUUAUGACACAGAAAAUAUGAACUCUGAAGAUAUUUAUAGCUCUCUUAGAGGUGUCACUGAAGCAAUUCAGAAUUUCAGCUUCCGCAGUCAAGAAGACAUGAAUGAGCCAUUGAAAAGGGAUUCUAAAAAAGAAGAUGGUGACUCCAUGUGUGGCGGUCCUGGGAUGUCUGACCUAAGAGCAGGAGGUGAUGCUACUGACUCGGGCCACACAGCCCUUGAUAACAAAGCUUCACUGCUCCAUUCCAUGCCUGCUCACUCUUCUCCACGCUCUCGAGACUAUAAUCCGUAUAACUACUCAGAUAGCAUCAGCCCCUUCAAUAAGUCUGCCCUCAAGGAAGCCAUGUUUGAUGACGAUGCUGAUCAGUUUCCUGAUGAGCUGUCCUUAGACCAUUCCGACCUGGUAGCAGAAUUGUUGAAGGAGUUGUCUAACCAUAAUGAGCGUAUAGAAGAAAGAAAAAUCGCUCUCUAUGAACUGAUGAAACUGACACAGGAAGAAUCUUUCAGUGUUUGGGAUGAACACUUCAAAACAAUAUUAUUAUUAUUGCUUGAAACCCUCGGGGAUAAAGAGCCUACUAUCAGGGCUUUGGCCUUGAAGGUUUUAAAAGAAAUCCUAAGACACCAGCCUGCAAGAUUUAAAAAUUAUGCAGAACUUACUGUCAUGAAGACAUUGGAAGCACACAAAGAUCCUCAUAAGGAGGUGGUGAGAUCUGCUGAGGAAGCAGCAUCAGUGCUGGCCACUUCAAUCAGCCCAGAGCAGUGCAUCAAAGUGCUGUGUCCCAUCAUCCAGACUGCAGAUUACCCAAUUAAUCUGGCUGCCAUCAAAAUGCAAACUAAAGUGAUAGAGAGAGUGUCCAAGGAAACCCUUAACCUGCUUUUGCCAGAGAUUAUGCCAGGGCUGAUACAGGGUUACGAUAAUUCAGAGAGCAGUGUUCGAAAAACCUGUGUCUUCUGCCUGGUGGCUGUUCAUGCAGUAAUCGGUGAUGAGUUAAAACCACAUCUUAGUCAACUCACUGGCAGUAAAAUGAAGCUACUGAAUCUCUACAUCAAACGUGCACAGACAGGUUCCGGAGGAGCUGAUCCCACUACUGAUGUUUCUGGACAAAGUUAGUGAAGUCAAUUGAAGUGAACCAGGUCUCUCAAAGAAAAGACGAGACAGACCACCCCAUCAAUGAAAGGAAAUUUUCAAACAAAUCUUUUGGAACUUACCAUUGUUUCACAGUUUUUGUUUUCUGUUUGGUUUUGUAUUUUCUGUAACAGAGGGCUAUCCUCAGUCUGCAUGUAACUUUUAUGAUAGUUAUUCCAAACUCAAGAAGAAGCAGUAUUAACAUCAUUUGAUCAGUACAAAGUGAUUUUCAACCUAAUUCGUCAUUUCACCUGUUUGUCCUUUUUUGUCUUCCCAUUAACCUUUGCCAGUGUUAUGAUUGUAUAAUUUUUUUCUUUUUGCAUUUAUUCAAUUGCAGAAUAUUCCUAUGGCUACUUUGAGAUUUGUUCCGUAUCAUGUCCUAUGCUAGAAAUCUUGAAAUGAUGUGAAUCAAAGCAGGACUCAUUUCAACUACAGCUGGUCUCUGUUGGUGUGAUGGUGAUACAUUGUCAUUAGUUGCAACUUCUUUGGGUAAUCUAUAGUUAAAAACUAAGACCUCAAAGAGAAAUAUUACAGAAUCAGCCAGUUCUGUAAGACUGAGAUUUAUGGUUAUUGAUCUUGCCAUCUUUAUUUAAAACCAUGUCCCCUCUGUGAUCCCUUAAGAAAGCUGCACCAAAUCAUCUUCCUGUUUUGUUUUGUUUUUCCUUGAUACUUACUAAAAUAGAAAGUCUCAUCGCAGGGUUUUUCUUUGUUUUGUUUUCGUUUUUUUAUCUUUGUUGUGAAUGAUGCUUUCUUAUUUAUUAAUAUAAAAUUCACUUAUGAAUAGAUUUGAUGGAAACAGACAAAACAAAUCAAGUGCAUGUGUGUCCUUGACAUCUUCUGGUUCUCAUUUAGUAAACAAAUUAUUGAGGCAUGAAAGUCAGCCAGCACCUUUUCUUUAAGUGGUGGACCUGGUUUCCUUUUAUCAUAAAAUUGUCUUACUUGGGAACAUUGAUCCUGAUGAGAGAGAGAAAGAGAGAAGAGAGGAUGGUGCCAAGGCUAUAGUCUUUGUAUAAUGGGCUUAAAUGCUCUACCUCUUCAGGGCUAAUACUUUUAUUUGAACUGCUGCCUGUGUGUGCUUUGGAAAACUUUUUAAAGGGUGAUUUUUCUCUUACUUUCUAACAAAAACAAAACGAAGCAAAAAACUUUAAUCACCUUUUGCUACACUUAUUCUUUUGAUGUGCAGCCAGUGUUCAAAAAAUCAGUUACAAUGAAAGACAAGUUAGGUCAUUUGGAACCAGGUUACUAAUGAUUUCUCAUCUUGACCUGUUUUAAUUCUAACAUAAAGUGAAUUUGACUGGAAAGGCAGAUAGCUAUUAGAGAAGCAAUUUGCAACUGUUAAAUUUACCUGUACUUGCUUUGUUUAAUUGAAAAAAAUGUAGAAAUGUAUGUAAAACUUUAAAAUGGGUACUGAAUGGAGAAUUUGUCAUAUUCUUUACCUUUUUUUGUUUCUGUUCUAGCAGCAGGAAAAUAGUUUCUCUAUAAAAUAGUUUUCCCCUUUUACCUAUAACAACUUUGUUUUCUGCUGUUAACUACAUUGUGUAUUUAUAGUUUUAUGCUUACUGUUGUGCAUAUACUGGCAAUAAAACUGUACAUAACAUUACUUGAAAAAAAUAACAGCACA